UUCCUUUAAAAAAGAUGCUCUCCCUCCCCCGAAGAAGGUACCUAAAGCCCUUGAACUAGCUAGUAGUACUACUCUUAAUUCCUAGCUAGCCAGCCAUGGUUUCCAACAAGCUCUGCGCUGCCAUUUUAGUCAUCUCUCUCCUUUUCUACUUCACAGUCUCUAGUGCAUGUGGUAUAUGCAACCCCAGCCCCAAGCCCAAGCCCACUCCUUCGCCUGCUCCCAUGGCAAAAUGCCCCAAGGACACAUUGAAGCUUGGAGUUUGCGUCGACCUUCUUGGACUGGUUAACCUUGAGCUUGGAUCCCCUCCUUCCAGCAAGUGUUGCACAUUGCUUGGAGGCUUGGCUGACCUUGAAGCUGCACUAUGUCUUUGCACUGCCAUUAAGGCCAAUGUGCUUGGAAUUAACUUGAACGUGCCUGUUACACUUAGUUUGCUUGCUAGUGCUUGCCAGAAGUCAGUUCCUCCUGGUUUCGUAUGUGAAUAAAAAGGAAAACAAAUUAACAAGGGCUAGCUCUGGCAAGUAAUAUGUUCUGCAGUGUGUUUCUUAGCUUCUAGGGUGUAUUUUUGCUUCUUGUUGCUGUUCUGGGUUAAUUUCUAGAUGCUUUGAUUUAUUUUUUGCUCUUUUUCCAUUUGUUAUUUUUUGGGGACCGUGAUUCGGGUAACUAGUUGUUCCCAUAGAGUAACAUGUAUGUGAUUUGUUCAAAUAAGUAGGCAAGCUGUCUGUUUGCCUUGAGAGUGUUUAUCAGAAAACUUAUAUAUGUCUAUGUCAGAGCUGCAUGCAUAUUGCUUUA